CUUUUCCUCUCUCUCUCUUUCUCUCUCUCUCUCUCCUCCGCCUCUCUACCUCUUCCUCUUUCCCAUUUCCCCCUCUCCGUGCACCUUUACUAGGUAUUACCUUGGGCUUGUAGCAAAGGUACUUUACACGCACCUGAUCUGCCUUCUUUCCAACCCUCCUCAUCCCCUCCUCCACACCAACACGCUCCCAAUCCCGCUAAUCACCUACCCACCUCCAUCCAACCACUACGAGGAUCCAGACCCCCAAUACCUCCCUCUCCCUCCCUUUCUUCCCCCAAAACCUUCCCCUCGAAAACCAUUUCCAAUCUCUCAACGGUGGUGCAGGAAGAUUGAACAAAAAAAGGAAACAUAGACACUCCUACACGGCCUUUACCCAUCAACACAAACACACGCUACACAGAGAUCAUGGACCCCUCAUCACCAGCAAAGAGACGCGCCCUCGCGCCCCUGGACGCGAACGUGAACGCGAUAUCGUCGCCCACGAAGCUGCACAAACACUCCAAGCUGAGCGCCGGUCCUCAAUCGCCGCGUAAGAGCCAGAGUCCCAUCAAGGCUCUCAAUCUCAAGAGGUCCAUCGCCGCCGUCGACAUCUUUGACGAGAACGCCCUCGUUCCCAAGAAGAAGCAUUGCCAGGAUCCCGCCUCUGCUGCUGCUGCCGCUCCUGCUGCUGCUACUGAUGCUGAUGCUACCACCGCCGCCGCCGCAACCCUUGUAUCUGCUGCACCCGUAAUUGCACCUGCAUCAGCACGAGAACUUGCAUUGGCACCUGAAGCUACUUCAUCACUUCCUAUUGCCUCUGCAUCCGCGGCCGCACCGACUCCCGCGCCGGCGACCACACAGACGGAGAUGGAAAUGGACGUUGAGCCCGACGCCAUGGAGAGCCAGAACGAACAAUUACAAGAGCAGAAACAGCACAGCGAACAACAACCAGAACCAGAUGUGCAGGGCGAGGACGAGCUGCCAGAACAGCAGAGAGAGUCGCGGCACGAGACACCGCGAACCCGCUCCGCGUCCCCCGACACGUCGGCCGUGUUCGACACCUCCGCCAUGGACACGUCUCAAAACACCACCAUCCUCACCGAGCCCGAUGCAGAGCAGGCUAGGACCCUGCCGCCGCCGGGGCCGAGGAGGUUGUUGACCCGCGAGGAGGCGCGACAGAAAGCUCGGAUCCUUCGAUUGAAACUCGGACUUGCGAAUUACAAGCUCCAGACGGGGCAGGAGAACGUGCCUCUUGACAAGCUGCAGGUGAAGCCGCGACCAGGACAGCAGCAACAACAGCAAGAGACGAAGACGCAGACGCAGACGCAGACGACGGAGAGGGCCCUGCCGAGGGUCAUGGUGCAGCCGCCGUCCAGCCGCGAUGGUCCUCCCGAGAACGAGGCCGAGGAGGUCAUCGAGGAGACCGAGCCUGAACAAGAGCAGGAGACUGACGAGGCCGAAUCGGCGACGCCGACGCAGCAGGGACAGGAAGAGAAGGAAUCUAGGAGUGUGGUCGGCGCGCUGCCGCGUCUGGAGAUGGAUGACCUCAAAGCUGGCCGGGGUACCAACGACGAUGAGGAGCCGACGAGUGCUGUUUCGGGUGGUAUUGUGAGCAGUCUGCUUAGUCUGGCGAGGGGUCCGUCGUCUUCCGUUUCUACUUCGUCAUGACGGUCGCCGUCGGCGAUAUAUAUAUAUGUCAGGGUUUGGGAGUGGGAAAAGGCGUUGUGUUUUGGGGGACUUGCAUUGCAUCGUUCGGUUCGACUUAUCGUCGAGACCGCGUCUUGCAGCGGAACUUUUUUUUUUUUUUUUUU